AUGAGCUUCUUCAUCUCCACAAAUGCUUUAUUUGGGACGGCAGAGCCGAGCAGAAUCGAAAGAAUCAAUAGGGAAAAUGAGCGCGGUAACCUGGCCACCAUCACGCGUCUGGUCAUCAAGGGAUUGCUGGAGCAUUCGAUGAAGUCGCUGAAUCGACUUGUCAACGCAGACGGCACCGAGUUGUGCGACUUUUUCAUCAUGCUGGAGAAGGUGUUGUUCCAUGGGCUGAAGACAAGUGAUAAAAAGGCGCUGAUUUCGCUCACUUCCCCGGACGCCGAUUUAUGGGCGACCCUAGGGCGAGCUCUCGUGGAUCCUAGAAAUUCUGAAAAUUCGAUUAGUCAGGCAUAUCGUUGCGUGGAACAGUUGGAGUACCUGAAAACCUCGAUUAGCAGGGUUCGGGCCCUUCUGCGGCUUUCCAUGAUGCAGAAGAGGCUUCACGAUUUGUUCACGGAUUAUACGAGUUCACCAGUGGUCAGGGAACAAUACGAGGAUUGGGCUCUCUUGCGAAGCCCAGACGCCGAACCCCUGGUCGGUCAGCUCAUCGGACUCUCAGUGCUCACGUGUACUUUCACUUUGGAUUUUGGGCUGCUAAAGGAUUUGAACGAGCAACAACAGGAAAUGAAAACGCUGCUGGAUCAGAAUCACUAUUUGGAGGAGCGGAAUAGAUUGUUACAGGACAAAGUGGGGGAGUUGAAGAAGCGGAUCUACGAAGAGGAAAACGGGUCUCCGUUGGAUGCAGCGGCGGUAUCCUUCCAACGGCUGUCUCAAGAAACUGCACGCCGGCAAUCGGAAGCCGAUUCCGGAAAGUUGUGGAUGGCUGAAAAGGAGAGACUGUUGGGAACUAUCAUCGAGAAAGAGGAUGCGGUGAGGCUAGCUGAACAGCAGAAGGCAGAUCUGGCAAAAAUGAACAAAGAGCUCUACGAAAAAUUGAGGGAGGCCGAAGAUGCCGAGAAAAAGCUGGAAAAUGAUUUUAUUUUGUUGAGGACACAGCAUGCUCAGGAAAAACAAUCAAUGAUGCAAGCGAUGGAAACGCAGCACAGCUCCCAGGAGCAUGACCAAAAGCUGCUCGGUGAGAUGCACGCCAUCGGCGACAAGUACACCAACACCCUCAGCCAUCUGGAGGAGAAGCAAAAGGAGUUGAGAGCGGUAAAAGAAGAGCUGCGCAAAACCGAGCAAGAACGGCAUCGCUUGGAGCAGGAGCUCAAGGAGCUCCCUUUUCUUACAAAGGAGAUAGAGACGCUGAAGGAGCAGCUGGGCGCCGUCGAGGAGAAGGCGAACAGCUACGAGACGGCCCUGAUGGAUCUGGGGUGUGAUUUGUCCAGCACCAAGCUGAAAAUCCUGGAGCUGCGUGAGGAGAUGCUGCCGAUGGGCGGUGACUGGCAAAAAGAUGCGGAGGUGGCCGGAUGCACCGGGUGCAACGUGCGCUUUAGUUUGACGAGGCGGAAACACCAUUGCAGGGCUUGUGGCCGUAUUUUUUGCCAAGCCUGCUCAUCGACCCGUGUCCGAUUGCUGUCGUCUACGAACCCGGUGCGCGUGUGCCACGGCUGCUUCCACAAUCUGCAAACCCUCCACACCCAAAAUCCGGACGGAAAUACCUCA